AUGUUAAAAAUAAAUGGUUAUCAAAAAAUAUUAGCAAUUCCAACUGCAAGAGUUCCAAUUGUUAAAUUUAAAGAUCCAAGUACAAAUUUAUCCUGUGAUAUCUGUAUGAACAAUCUUUUAGCAAUUUAUAAUACCCGUUUGGUUCAAGAUUAUUCUAAAAUUGAUGAAAGAAUGAAGCCAUUAGUUUAUGUUGUAAAGCGUUGGGCCAAAAGAAGAAAGAUUAAUGAACCAUCAUUAGGAACUUUAAGUUCAUAUGGCUAUAUUAAUCUUGUUAUCAGUUUCCUUCAAACACGUGAUCCACCCAUUUUACCAUGUCUUCAAGAGUUAGCAAAUGGUCCAAAAAUCAUCAACGGAAAAGAAUAUGGCGAAUUAUUAGAUGAUGUCAUGGUCGAUGGUUUCAAUUGUAAAUAUUAUAACGAUAUCUCUAAAUUAAUUGGUUUUGGUUUACAAAAUAAAGAAUCAUUGGGCAGCUUAGUUUUUCACUUUUUCCAAACUUACAGUCGUGAAUUUAGUUUUAUGAAUCAAGUCGUUAGCAUUCGUAAUGGCUCACCAAUAUUAAAAUCUUCAAAGACAUGGGAAUCAAUAUCCAAGAAAAGCCAUUAUUGGUUCAGUAUAGAAGAUCCAUUUGAAAUUACACACAAUUUAGCCAGAGUUGUCAACAGACCAAAUUUAUCUAUUAUCAUUUCAGAAUUAAAUAGAGCUUAUAAACUAUUAUCAAAGAAUUCAAAUUUACACAAAGUUUUAAGAGAAUAUCAUAAUGAAGAAUAA